AUGAAUAAUAACAGCUUGUUAGAUUACUAGCCUAAUUAUGAAGGCUAAGAUAGCUUUUAUGAGGGACCGUAGCAUAAUAAUGACAACUCAGAUCAUAAACUAUCAACUGUAAUUGGAGACAUUACUAAUUUAUCCGACACAAAUCUACUAAAAAGUUCAAUCAACCGUAUUGAUGAGUCAUAAUCUCCUAUCCACAAUAAUAACAAUAGCAAUAGACUUACCCGGGAUCAGACUGAUUACUUUGGUGCAGGUUAGCAUAGACAUAAUAGCCACAUGAAUAUCAAUAGCCAAGCAAAGCACAAAUUUCUCUUAGUCUCUGAGGGAACUGAUUUUUUGCAUCAUAACAGACUUAAUACCAAGCAUCAUUAAACAACUGAAGAUGAUGAAGAAGAAGUUAAUAACUUGAUUGGGUCCUAAUUAUAGCAAAAGAUGAGUGGGAAUCUGCUGCUCAAUAACAAAGAAAUGUUCUUCACUCCUGACACUAAUAAUCUGUAGGUGAAUAGCAUUUUGAUGUAAGGAAGUGAUGGGGCAUUUCCUAAUAAAUAUCUGCAAAGUAAUAGAAGCAAUUCAUAGAUAAGAGAUGAUUCAAAUGAAGGCUUAAGGGGUAGAGAAAAUUCUAAUCCAAGAUUACUUAACUAGAGAGGGAAUACUCAUAAGUUUUAAUUAAAGUCUCAAACGCUAGCAUCUUCUGAGACUCCUAGAGAUGAAUAUAUGCAAAUUAUUGAUGAAAAGAACAAAGUCAUAGAUGCACUAAGAAGAGAACUGACUCACAACAUCAGAGAAAUAGAAAAACUCAAGACUAAGCAUUCCAUUGAAAAAGAGCAGAUCAUUUAAGACUAUGAAAAGAAGAUCCAAGAUACAGUUAAGGAAACAAGAGAAAGAGUGUAAAAAGUAUGUGAAAAGAGAUUAAGAAAAAAUGGAGGAGGUAUUGCUACUGGAAUUGGCAGCUAAUCUACAAAUCCACUUUACAAAUUUGAUGAGUCGAAUAACAUCAACUCGACUGCUUUUUCUGAUAGAAUAAAUCCUGCUAACAAUACUAUAUAAUCUGCCAGAUUAAAUAACACUCAGGGAAACAAUACUGUAUCAAAUGCACCAAACAAUAGACCAUCCUUGAGUAGGAAAAAUUCAGCAGCUGGAAAAUCUAAUAAAAGUACUGCUAGAGUAAAGUCAACCAACUCAUUGAACAAAAAUUAAAAUACUCAAGGACUCCAAGAUAAUGAGCUAACCUUUAAAGUGUCAAACUUUGGUAACCAUGGAGACUUUUCAUCUAUGGAGAGUGCCUUGAAAUAAAAGGAACUGUAACUUCAUGAGCAGAUAUCUCAACAUUAUGAAGAUGUCCUAAGAGAGAGAACUCAUGAAACUAGAUUAGAACUAUCAAAGAAAAUUAGAGAGGAGAUUGAUCAUGAGUUGAGAAAUGAAUAUCAAAGCCAGCUCAGAUCCUAGAGAGAUAUUAUCCGUAAAGAGUUGAAUAAAGAGAUUCUAGAAAGUCUUUAGGAAAGAAUUGAUAAGGAAGUAGAAAAACGCAUGCAUGAAAAUUUCCUAGAAUGGGAAGAAGACUAUAAGAGAAAGAAAAUAUAAUCAUGGAGAGAGUAACUCACAAUUGAGAUAAGGUAGGAAUAUGAGUUCAAACUAGAGGAAUUAUUAGAAAAAGAGAGGGAGAAAAUGGAAGAACAGUGUAAGGAUACUAUAGAAGAGAAUAUAAAAAUUGCUAGAGAGGAGUCUGAAACUAUAAUGCAAGAAAGAAUGUUCUAACUUUAGUCUUAGAUGGAGAGAUAAUUAGACAAUGAAAGAAUAAUUAUCAGAUCCGAGUGUCUUGAGGAGUUAAGAGGUGAUAGAGAAGUUGAACUGACCAGGAAGUUAAGAGAUAAGCUAAGCAAGAAAAUUGAACAAGAACUUUAUCAGUAAUUACCAAGAGAAAUAGAAAGCAAAGUUAGAGAAGAUAUUAUGGAAAGAGUGAUGAGUGAAGUUAGAGAGAAUAAUGAUAAGCAUUUGGAAUAGAUCAAGAGGAAGUAUGAGCAGUAAAGAGAUGAAAAAGAAUAGCACAUGAAGUAAUAAUUGAGAAGAGAUUUUGAUUAUGAAGUCUCAAGAAAGGCCGACGACUAACUAUAGAAGCGUGAAAAAGAUAUAGUCAGAAAGUACAAAAGUUUGUAUGAGCGUGAAAAAGAAAAUUUAGAAUAGAGGCUUAAGAGUGAAUUUGAAUAUCGCAUUAAGGAAAUCAAGGAUUAACUUGACAAGGAAAGAAUCGAGGUGGCAAGGCUGAAAAGUCUAGAGCUUAUUAGACUUAAGAAGCUGGAUGAGUAGAAGAAAGAGAUCAAUGAUAAAAUGAAGAUUGAAAAACUAGAUAUUGAGAGGAAGAAGGCAUAGAUUGAAUAUGAAGCUAGAGAAAAGAAGGUAAAGGAACUGGAAAAUGAAGAAAAAAGAAGAGAGAGGACUCCAAAGAUGACAAAUAGUCUAAAUUAACCAAAGAUAUUAUAAUAAGAUGAAGGGUGUGAAAAGCUAUGUAAAAAUUAUCAUGUAUCAGUCUAAAAAUCCCAGAAUAUGUAUAAGACUACUGCGGAUGAAAACCAGUACAGUACCUUUGAUAGAUAAGAGAACAUAAGAUAAUCUGCAAAUAUACCAAAUCUGAAACUAGUAUAAAAUCAAACAAUCUAGGGAUAGAGUAAUUAACAUAGAUAAGAUAUGCAAUAAAUGAAUCCUAAUUCAGUCUUACUUCAACUUAAUCCCAUAAGCUUAACCAAAGAAUCAACAUUUAAUCCCAAUAUAUCCUCACCCUAUUUAGGUAACCAAGAUGAGUUAGAGGGCUCAUUAAACAAACAAAAGCAUGAUAGAUAGGAAGAUGAUGAUGUUCAAAGAACUUAAGAUAACUCAGUACUUUAAAAUCAAGAUUAGGAUAAACCAGUUGACACUUAUGGAGAUUCAGAUUUCAAGCCAAGAAUUUAACCUAAUAGAUAAUACAUAAAACCCUAUGAUUCAAGAAGUCUAGUCAAAUAGUUACUUAAAGAGUCUGUUGAGAAGUUUUAGCUACAGUCAAGAUUUACACCUAUUUAAGUAGGGUGUAAACCAUAUUAAGGCAAAUUAAAUUCUAAUAGUCUGGACAAGGAAAAUGAUGGAGCUUUGACCUUAAAUUCAGAGCGAUUUACUUAUGAUUAGCUCUUAAGGUAAAUGGGCGAUUAAAAGCAUCGAAACAAUGAUCCUUCAAACAACAAAAACACUAGUGUUAAUCAUUCAACCUUGCAAUCAUUAACAAAGUCUGAUAAGAAUUCAAGAAAAACUGAUUAAGCAGAGUACAAAUUUGUCAUUAAAUCAAUAGUAGAUGACGAAAUUGCUUUUGAAAAGGACUACAUUCAAAAGAAGAAGCUAAUCAUAGCUAAUAUAGAAUAUGUGCUGGCUUAAAGUGGUAUGAGCGAUCAUGGUAUGUGUGAAUAUCUAGUCGAUCUAUGGGAAUAAUGCUUUAUAUCCUAUCAAAAUAGAUUGAGCUUUCUCCAAUCACUGUAAAUGAGAGAAGCCAAAUCAAUCUAUGCCAGUCUCGAAACAGAGACUUGCAAAUUAGCUGAGUUCAAAAAUGAGAGUCAGCAUAUCUAUAAAAUUAUUAGGCGAAAAGAAACCUCGUUUGGAAACUUAUUCACCCAGAAAUAUAGUUAAGUCUAGCACAGCAGUGAUCUGUUCUCAAUGAGGGCAGAGAUUAUUAAGAAGAUUGAAGAGUUCAAGAAAAUGUAAAAAGGAAGCCGAGAGUCUUAUGAUAUUUUAUGGAGAGGCAUUCCCUAUGUAGACAUCUUAAAAUUAGAGAAAAUGGAUUUAGAAAAUAGAAUGAAAGAUGAGAUUAGAGAAGAGAUGCAAACUAAAAAGUUUAAUCAUAACAAUAGACUUAUAAAUUGA